AUGGUGCAGGGCUUGUCCAAUGCAGAUUUAUCCCGACUAUGGUUGCUUCGUGGUCGACAUACCACGAAACAAGCCGUAGAAAAGGCCAUUCAUUACGGCUUGCCGCUAUGGCCAGAGGCUGUUCACAUGGCUCGUUCAUAUCACCGGGCGAAGAAGGAUUUGGCCGGCGGAAAGUACUAUAUAAUCGGGUCGGAGUUCACCGAGACCGAGUAUGACUCUCCUUACUGCUAUCGCGAGCUAGGACGUUAUCCAGAGGACUGGGAAAAAAGGAAUAACUACCAAAAAGCAAUCGAAGAGCUGGAAAAACUUGAAUUUUCCAAAGAGAAUUCUUCGGGAGUGAAUGCUUAUGAUGUUUCUGCAAGAGCCUGCUUUGAGAAUGACAAGAACAAGCACAUCGAGUUGCUUCUUGGCGGUGUCAGUGCUGUUGAACUUGAGAAUCUACAAUCCGAGCGUAAUUCUCUUGAUAUUUGCCAGAUAUCAGAUGACGCAAUUUCUGAGUGUGAGGUUGAGGAUGGGAGUUGUCGAAGUAAUCCUGAUCUUGUGCGCUGUCAACGACAGGAUUUGUCGCAAAUACUUAUCCAUGACAAAGCCGAUGUAUUUAAGGAGAAAACGGGAAGAAAAGAACUAUGUAGCGAGCGCGAAACCGUGAAUGAUAUUGAUAGAGGACCAAAUAAAGUAUGUCAGGCAAGGAACGAAGAGUCAAUGAAUCAUGGAUCUACGAAUGCUUCUAGUUUGAAGCAAGAAAGUACAACAGUCAAAAGGAAUGUUAAAGAUUUCACUCUUAAACGUCUCGAUUUCUCGGCUUGUGAAGAGAAAUUACAUCGAAUGUGUGAGGAACAAUUUCUGAGGCCUCGUUCUCCAAUUAGGAGUUUCGCACAAAUUUUACCUAAAGAGGAAUGGAUAUACCACUAUGCAAUGAGUAGGAAUGAUGAAAAUGCACCAACAACAGCACAAGGAGAUACAUCGGUGAGCGCUACGUCUGAAGAAGAGGAUGUUAAACUUAGUUCCGAAAAAGUUGUCGAAGGAAUAAAGCAAGCUGUCGCGUCCGAAGACAGCAGUGAGGAAAGUGAAGAACUUUGUGCAGACUCCAUCCCUAGAGUGCUUGAUGGAAGUGUUUCCGUUGAGGAGAAACCCAAACGGUCCUUCGUUUAUCCUUUUGACGGUGAGAUUUAA